AAAAUGAAAAUGGAGGUGUUUAUCAUGAUCAUCUCAGAUUAUUGAAAGGUACAGUAUAAAAGUGUUUUCAAUCUCUGUGCAUAAUAAAGUUAUGAUAUGCAAUUUUAUUGCAUCAUAAUGAUUGUUUCGGUUAAAUUUUUUGCUCCUGUGGAAAAUUCCUAGCUGUUUGGGUGCAGAAAUAGGAAGCCGGCCAAUCUAAACAGACAGCGACUCACACAUUUUUUGGUUGAUAAAUCUCAUGACCAUGAGUGUACCACAAGUGAAAAACCGAGGGAGACCUCCGAAAAAUAAGCUGGUCAGUUGUACAUGGUGUGCCGAAAAAGGACAAACAUUGAAGUACAUACUGCCAACUCAACAUGGAAAGAAGGUGUUCUGCUCGCAAACGUGUCUCUCGGAGUUUCGCAAAGCUUACAACAAGGGAGCUUGCUGUCUUUGCGACAACGUGAUUCGAGGCACUCCGGUGAGAUUUGAGUACCCGGAUGGCUCUUCGAAGAACUUCUGUUCGACCACCUGCCUCACUAAACACCAGAAGCAGGAAACCAUGCAACAAAAUGGACAGUUACAAUCCAGCCAGCCAAUUAAACAAGAGCCGGCGUCUCCGGAGCAGGUGGUGUUACCCCCCUCGCCUUCUCCACCUGCCGCCACCUACCCCCCUGUACCCCUCUCGCAGCUGUUCGACUGGGAUGCCUACCUUGUCGAGACCAACAGCAUCGCCGCGCCGCCUGAGUAUUUCAAACAGCACCAGACAGCGCCAGUGAACCAGUUCAAGAUGGGCAUGAAGCUGGAGGCGCAGGACCCGCGUAACCUGACGUCGACGUGCAUAGCGUCGGUGGUGGGGGUGCUGGGGCCACGGCUGCGACUCAGACUCGACGGCAGCGACAACAAGAACGACUUCUGGCGGUUGGUCGACUCCAACGAGAUACAUCCGGUCGGUCACUGCGAGAAGGGUGGCGGCAUGCUACAGCCUCCCCUAGGCUUCCGCAUGAACGCGUCAUCUUGGCCGAUGUUUCUGACCAAAACCCUGACGAAUGGGUGCGAUAAUGCGCCCGAGGAACUAUUCAAGCAGGAGCCACCAACCCCCACGGCCAACCUGUUCAAGGUCGGCAUGAAACUGGAGGCCGUCGACAAGAAGAAUCCGCAGCUCAUUUGUGCCGCCACUGUUGGUGCGGAGAAGGGUGAAAUGAUCCACGUGACGUUUGACGGUUGGCGUGGUGCGUUUGACUACUGGUGUCGCUACGAUUCGCGCGACAUCUUCCCGGUUGGCUGGUGCGCCAAGAGCGGACAUCCCUUGCAGCCGCCCGGACAAAAGUUGGCGAGCAGCCGUUACAAGGCGCGCGUGCAUGGCUUGGUGGCCAACAACUCUGGUGGUUCGGAUGCCACCCAAUUGGCAGCUGCCUCCUCGUCACCACUGGAAGCGGUCUCCUCCACCACCACAGUCACUGCUAAACCACCACAGGCAUCCAGUCCCAGUCUCGCCAACACCACAACAGUGUAUGUAAACCCAGGCUGCAGCUGUGGUCCCUACCUGGACCCGCGCAAGGUGUGCCAACUGCCGCUGCAAUUCGGACCGGGCGCCAUCAGUCGGGUGCUGAGGGAGGCCGUGCAGUCGCUGGUUGAUGCCGCACUAGACCAGAAACUCAUAUUCGGCAUGCUUAGGCAGGGAGAGGGCAAGGUGAUAAUAACGGCCUGCUUUGACGGCAAGCCGGCGGUGAAUGUGCGAUUGCCGGCCAUCGACAAACCGGCCGAUCUGUGGAGCUUCAUGGAGAUUCUGUUCGAGGAGAUAAUGUGCUGCGAACAGUUCUUCACAUCGGAGCCCAUUGUAUGCACCAAGUGUACUGCUGUUAAGAAAGAAAAUGCAACAACAGCUGCAGCAGCUGAUAACAGCACGAUCAAACGAAACAGCAGCAGCAAUCCGAUCAAGAACGGUGGGGGAGGAGCCAGCGUCCUGCCAGUCCCCCCCACCACAAGUCCUCCAAAGAAACAGCUGUUGCCUCAGCAGCAGACGACAACAUCACCUGUGACGCCUCUAGCGGCCAGCGCUGGAACUACCAUGACAGCAUCAUCACCUCUAGCGGUGGGCACGGGAACUACUAAUGGGAAUAGAUCCCCCGUGGCGCCUCUCUCGGCCGGCGUUGGAACUACUAAUGGGAGCAGAACACCGGUGGCGCCACUAGCGGCGGGCGGUGGAACUACUAAUGGGAGCAGAACACCGGUGGCGCCUCUUUCGGCCGCCGCGGGAACUACUAGUGGGAGCAGAACACAAGUAGCGCCCGUGGCGGCGGGCGCGGGAACUACUACCAACGGCGGGAAGCGACGGUUUGAGUUUACAGGGUCGUCGGACACUGCGGCGACGAAUGCAGGCCUGCCAACACCAGCUGUUGCCGUUGUCAUGUCGACGCCCGCCAAACAGGCUAGGAAGGCUGUACCGAGUGCAAAAGCAGAAGCUACCUCUACGACGUCACCGAAAAAGGACCCCUCUGAUUGGACGGUUGAAGAGGUCAUCUGCCACAUAUCAGAUUCUGAUAAGGCAUUGGCGGUGCAUGCCGAGCUAUUCAGAAGACAUGAAAUCGACGGCAAGGCGCUGCCUCUGAAUACGGACAUGAUGAUGAGAUAUAUGGGACUGAAGCUUGGACCUGCGUUGAAGAUAUUCAACAUAGUCAGCAGGAUUCGCGGGAGACGUCCACUGUGAUAAAUAGUUUCAGCAGUAAUAGGUAAUGGUAAACCACAGUAGAGUUCCGGCUAUUAUCUCGAUUGGUUACAGAAAAAUAAAGGUACAUUUAUCUUUGUAUACGACUAAUAAUGAAUAUAACGAUAUAUCGAUUCUGAUUUAAUCCAUUUCGGAUGAAAUACAUGUAGUUGGUACAGAAGAUUCAAAGAUCUUAAUUGAAUUAUCUUUUUUUU